AAACAAACGCGUCAAACAACACCGACGCCAUUUUGAACGUAGCCUUAAAAUGGCAGAAAAUGCAGAGGAGACGCGGAGGUUCACUUUGGUUUCUGUGCGUAAAUGUGAAGGAAAACUUUCGUUUGUUGUUUCCAACGCAGACUGAGCGUUAAGAGAGACUGAUGUGGGGAAAAUGGAUAUAACGACUGCGGUGUUUAACGCGGCGAGAGACGGCAAACUGAAACUUAUCCAGAAGUUGCUGAGCAACAAAAGUGCUGAGGAGUUAGAGGCGCUCGCCGAGGAGAAGACGCAGGGAGGGACGCCGCUCCUCGUCGCCUCUCGGUACGGACAUUUGGAAGUGGUUAAUUAUUUACUUGAAUAUUGCAAAGCUAACGUAGAGCUUGGGGGUUCGGUUAAUUUUGAUGGAGAGACGAUUGAAGGAGCUCCGCCGCUCUGGGCAGCUUCAGCCGCGGGGCAUUUAGCGGUUGUGAAAACUCUGUUAAAACACGGUGCUUCUGUUAAUAAAACGACCCUCACCAACUCCACUCCCCUGCGAGCUGCCUGCUUUGAUGGACACCUCGAAAUCGUGCGUUACCUCGUUGAACAUCACGCCGACAUGGAGGUCGCGAACCGACACGGACACACAUGCCUCAUGAUCUCCUGCUAUAAAGGGCACCGAGAAAUCGCCAAGUUUCUGCUGGAGCGCGGCGCUGAUGUUAACCGCAGGAGCGUGAAAGGGAACACUGCACUGCAUGACUGUGCUGAGUCUGGAAGUCUGGACAUCAUGAAAAUGCUUCUGAAGUGCAAAGCUAGGAUGGAGAGAGAUGGUUAUGGUAUGACACCAUUACUGGCUGCCAGCGUUACCGGCCACACGAACAUUGUAGAGUAUCUCAUACACCAGCCGAGAGCUACGAGAGAGGAGUGCGUCGAUGCCUUGGAGCUCCUGGGUGCAACUUAUGUAGACAAAAAGCGUGAUCUGAUGGGCGCCAUGCGCUACUGGAGAAGAGCGAUGGAGCUCCGACAUGCAGAAGAUAGAGCAAACUUUCUGGCUAAGCCGCCACCUGGCCCGCCCAUUCCAGCAUAUGACUGCGCUCGAGAGGUGAACACGGCGGAGGAGCUGGAGGCCCUGAUCACUGACCCUGACGAAAUGCGCAUGCAGGCUCUCCUGGUUCGAGAGCGUAUCCUGGGCCCUUCACACCCAGACACAUCUUACUACAUCCGCUAUCGGGGUGCUGUCUACGCCGACUCGGGAGAUUUUGAGCGUUGUGUGAGUUUGUGGAAAUAUGCCCUAGACAUGCAGCAGAGCAACCUGGACCCACUGAGCCCCAUGACAGCCAGCAGCUUUUUGUCAUUUGCAGAGCUUUUCAGUUUUGUCCUCCAAGACCGUGCAAAAGGUGCACCAGCUGCCCGCGUCGCAUUCCAUGACCUGAUGGGCGUCCUGGCUAAGGGUGUCUGUGAGGUCGAGCGUGCCGUGGCACAGAGGGAUAAUCAGCCUGAUGCGGCGCAAUUUACUAAAGCCCUGUCCAUCAUACUCCAUCUCAUAUUCUUGUUGGAGAAACUGGAGUGUAGCCCAUCGCAAGAGCAUCAGAAGAAACAGAGUGUGUACCGACUACUCAAGCUGAACCCGAGGGGUCGGAAUGGGUUAACACCCCUGCACAUGGCUGUGGAUAAGGACACCACUGCAGUGGGCCGUUACCCCGUGGGGCGUUUUCCUUCUCUGCCUGUGGCUGCGCUGCUGCUGGAGUGUGGUGCAGAUGUAGACUCGCGUGACUCGGACAACAACACGCCUCUUCAUGUGGCGGCCCGUAACGGCUGCCCCAAGCUUAUGACGCUGCUGGUGCACUCUGGAGCACACUUUGAUGCAACUAAUGCACAAUGCAAGAUGCCUUACGAGCUCCUGGAGGAGGCGGGAGGAGCAAGGCAUUUGUUGAACCCUCUUAGCCAUGUCACACUGCAAUGCCUGGCUGCCCGUGCUGUCGGGAGACACAGAGUGCCCUACAAGGGACUCGCUUCUGAGGAAAUGGAGGCCUUCAUUGAGCUCCACUGAUCUUACCUCAAAUCCUAAUUCCAGACUCCAGGUUCAGACCACGUCCCCUGUUUCUGAACAUUUUCAUGAACCUGUUUAGGUCUCUUGUCUCCUUCCUCUUACAUUACCUCACCAUCUUACCUGUCUUCCUGAUCCGUCUGACCAUAGUCUCUCUUUAUCAAGCAGACUAUAUCUUAAGCCUCGUUACCACUUGCUCAGGCUUCAUCUGAAUCACAGCAAUAAUCGCAGUCUAGUAAUCACAAACAGAGAAAGAUGUGUUUUUACAUGUGUGUGCUUGUUUAUACAUGCCUCCUCUUUUCCUCCACUUUGUAAGGGCUUGUUGAAGGAAGUAAUACAAGAACAGAGACUUUUUGAUGCUCUGGAGUACUGUUUGAAGGGAAAAAAAACUUUUUGAUCCAGGCUUUAUUUGUAAUCUGAUGUUUUUUCUUCUUUUUUUCUGCCUCCCUUUUUUUAUGUUCUCUUUCUGUUUUAUUUUCUCUGCAAGCAGGAAGUGAGCAAUUUAUGCUUGUUUGUGUAUAAAGUUGAAAUGGUGACAGGGUUGAUAUUAAGCCAAGGUUGAAAAUCUGCAUUAUAAUUAGGAGCGAUGCACUUCACUGACUGGCUGUAAGUGUGUAAGAGAAUGAAGUGUGAUUAGUUUAGUCAGUUUUUGCAUGCCUAUGUUGUAAUGCAAGAACAACUCGCAUACCAGUACUGAUGAUCAGACAUUUUGAUCUGAUUACUUUCUUUCACCAAAUCUCACAAAAUAUGAUGUGGUUUUAUUAACAUCCCCCUGUUAUAAUAUCAAAGCUGUAGGCCUAUAGGCUGAUGCCUCUUGUGCCAAAUAAUGGCCAAAAUCUUCUUUAAAUUUAAUGGAUUUUACAUCUAAAGCACUAAGUACUAAUUUGUUUUGUGUUCUUCAAUUGUCAGAACAAACAGUACUAAUGUGGCUAGCAAUGAACGAAAGCCACUGUUGCUGUGCUGAUGAGGUCAUGAUAGCUGUGACCAUUAAAAUCCGUUUAUUCUUAGCCACAUCGGUGUGGUAUGGCUGAAUUAUCCCUUGUGUAAGCGUAGCUAAGUGGAAUCGCGUGGCAUCUGCAGUAUGUUUUGCACUAUGUUACCCACACAAGAGCAGGAGAGAUAUUGCCGUCUGUGCCAUCUCUCCCUUCUUUGUACAAGAAGAAUGGCACUUUACCCAGAGUGCGGAAUCUGGAGUCACCACUUGUAUCUAUGCAGCAAAGGUGGAUUUGCAUCGAAAGAUCUGGCAUCCCGGGUCUGUUCAAUGUAGAAGAGCCAGCUCAACAUUGACAACUUUUAUUGCAGUCUUAUUUCUGAUUGUCCUGUCUGUUCAUGUCAGCAUGCUGGUUUCACUGGAAAUCCUACUCGAAUUAAAAAGCACUUUGAAACAUGCUAACACUACUUAGCCUUUUAAGCAAAGGUCCUGUCUCAGUGACUUAUGAUAGGUGUGAUUAAUUUAAGACAGUUCAAAUGGUUUUGGAGAUGCCUGAAUAAAAUUCAUGUAUCACA